AAAACGCUAUGUGGUGUCUGCCCACCAGAACGAGAGCCGUCCCUAGCAGUAGUUACUAAGAGUAAGCUACUCUGUUUGCAGACCACAGCUAUUAUUUUCUCGGAUUAGGUAUCUCGGUUUUAGGUUUGCCUCCUGACUUGAAACUUUUGAGGUAGCCUGGCAUUGUUGAGGGAGGAUUUGAUGACAAUGAGAGGAGUAAACUUGGAUACCUACAACCUCUCCUUGCUGACUGCAAAGGAGGACAUUCUGAAUCCCAGAGCCUCCACCAACUGGGCACUCUUCACAUACGAUGGUGUCACCAACAACCUCAAACUGGCAGACUCCGGAGCUGGUGGUGUGGUGGAGUUGGCUGGGAAGUUCCACGCCAGCAGGCCGAUGUACGGGCUGUGUCGGUUGGGAUGCACCGAGACGGGGGGGCCCCGUGUCGCCAUGAUCUGCUGGGUUGGUCCGAAUGUAGAUGAAUACCGCCGAACGGAAUGUGCCAGCCAUGUACCAGCCAUCAAGAACUUUUUCAAGGAGGCUCAUACGUUUGUCACAGCGUCAAACGCGGAGGAUGUGACGGAGGAGAAGCUGGCCGCAGCCGUGGCCAAGGUGCGUCCGCCGGUGCAGCCCCAGAGGAGGAGCUCAGUGCAAGUGGACAAGGAGGAGAUGGUGGGCACAAACUACAGGAAAACAAACGCUGCCAUGGAGAUGAGAAGAAUCAACAGGGACUCUUUCUGGGCACGUGCAGAGCGCGAGGAGGAAGAGAGAAAGGAGGAGGAACGGAAGAGAGCGACGGAGGAGAGGAGGCGCCGGGAGAGAGAGAGGGUGAUGCAGGAGAGGAAGGAGGCAGAGGAGAGGGACAGGAAGAUGAAUGAGAAACUGCAGAUGAUUGAGGAACAAAGGAGGCAGCAGGCCUUGACGGAGGAGGAGAUGAGGAGGAAAGAGAAGUCCAAAUGGGACCAGCAACAGAGAGAGCAUGAAGAAGAGCUCAGAGAACGAUUCAGACGCAGUGAGUCCAUAGAGAAAGCAGCGGAGGCAGCAGCACUGGUCCAGCAGCGGUCCAACAACCCCAGAGAGUUCUUCAGACAGCUGUCCUCCUCCUCUCAGCCCCCUGGCAGCCCCCAGUCCCCACACACAGGGAAGCCCCCAUUCCGGCGCUACAGACGCAGCCUCACAGACACGGCCUUCAUCUUCCAGAAGUACGACGGGGGUCCCACCUCACCACUCAGCCCAAGAGACAGCUGCCCGUCUCCGUUCGGCCAGUCCCCUCGCCGGACCCCCACCUCCCCUCUGUCCUUCUCCUCCGGCUUCUCCCAGGCGUCCCGCUCACCCCUGCGCUCUCCGCCCGCGUCGCCACAACGCUCCACCCCUCCGGUGGUGCCAUUACCCAGCAUGCCACCCUCCAGACCCCCGCCGCCGUCCGCUCUGCCCCCAGUCCCUGCCCAGCCCCAGGAAGCCCCGUCCCCAGCCCCGGCCUCCCCAGGUCUGCAGGCCAGCCUGGUGCAGGCCUCCUGCUCUCCUCCUGCUUCCCCACCAGGUGGCGCCACUGCUGAGCCACUUGCUGAGAGCCCAGAGUACCCAGAGGACUUGCGCUCAGCUGGACACACUCUGAGCAGCCUGGAACCUGAGGCAGGCCUUUGUGUCCGGGCCGUCCUUGUGGAAGAGGAGGAGGAGGAGGAGGAGGAGGAGGAGGAGGAAGGACAAAGAGAACAGGUGGAGGCUCCGACGGCCAGCGCCACAGAUGUGAAUGAGGAGGAGGUGGAGGCUACCGCCCCCGAGGCCUCCACAGGCUCUGCAGAACCAGAACUAGAACCAGAACUAGAACCAGAACCACAAUCAGAGCCAGUAGCACAACCAGAGCCAGAGGAGGUGCAGGAGAUCCUGACGGAGGAGCCACAACCCAGAGGAGCACCAGAGGCACAGACUGAGGAGGACGAGGAAGGAGUUGAGGAAGAGGUGGAGGAGCAGGAGGUGUAUGUGGAGCCGGCCCAGGAGGAGGAAGACAGCGAAGAGCCAGUGGACGCAGGUGAAGAGGCCCUAGAGCAGUGUGAGGACUUGCUGCUGGUGCAGAGCAGGACUCUGCAGAAUGGCACAGAAAAGGAAUACAUGCAUAUGACAGGGAUGGACCAAGAUGGGAUUGUGGAGGAACAGGGGAAAGAGAUAUCAGAAAAUGGGGAUGAGGGAUCACCAGAACAGCAGCUUUGUGUACGAGCUCUCUAUGACUAUGAGGCUGAGGAUGAAUCAGAGCUUUCUUUUGCGCCGGGAGACAUCAUCAGCGAUGUGGAGACUGUGGACAAAGGCUGGUGGAGGGGCUUCAGCAAAGAUGGCCGCCAAGGGCUCUUUCCUGCCAACUAUGUCGAAACCAUUUAAAACACGCGCACGCACAUACACACACACACACACACACACAUACACACACACACACACACACACAGGGAUGGAGGGAUGACAUCCCUUUAUUCCUCCAGCCAAAAGCAGACAUCCUAUCCACCAGCAUUUUACUCUACUCUUACACCAUUGAAACCUUUUGAAAUCUGAUUGGUCUUAAACGCUCCCUCUGAGCAACUCAUCAGGAUCGAUCAGGGGCAGCUUCAUAUAUAAGUAACAGAAUUUUUAUUUUAACCAACAUGCAGGUUCUCACAGUGAGGCUAAACAUUUAUCCUCACAUCUCUUAACCGUUUCUUAAUUCUUCUUAUUAUUCUCAAAUAAUCCACUAUGUAUGCAUUUUGGAUUUUAUUUCUGUUUUAGUCUUAAUCCAACUUUUGCACAAAUAUUGUAUUUUCCCCUUUAAUAUGCAAGUGAAGUUUGUCUUGUGUAAUUCAUGCUCCAUGUUUUCAGCCAGAUGUUACAUUUGUGUGAAUAUCCAUUAUCUAUGUGGGCACUGCUUUAAAAGAGUGGAUUUAAAAAGAAAAUGAAAACAAACAAAAUGACCAGUUUAUUGUAUCUAUUAUAUUUAGCCUUAGAUUUACUUGGAACGUGUAUGAAAUUUCAUCAAUAACCAGGGGUUUGAAAUGACCACAUUAGCAGGGAUAACCGUAUACCAAUCAGAAAGCUGAAUCAAUCCAAUAUUCUAUACUUCCUAAAUAAUGAGAAUGAUUCUCGUUCAGUCUGGCGUGGUGCGGAAUAGAAACUGCGCUUCUGUCCUAACUGCAUUUGUGUGCUUGUCUUCUAUUCCACUGUACACUAGUCAGUCUUACCAUGUAACACCCCAGACUGCUGAUAACGUCCUUUUCAUGCUCAUGUAAAAAGCUAUGUUUUAUAGGCAAAUUGUUUAGAAGGAAAGUUCACCGUUUCUGUCAUGUUUGUACUUUCAUGUGUGUCUCGGUUUGUCCAUUCUUUCUUGUAAAUACAGUAUCAUACAAUCUGG